AGCCAAAGACAUUGGCUCUGUCAAGUGAUCAGCUGUGUCCAAUCACAGCUGAUCACAUGGAACUGAUGAUCAGUGCACUGAUGAUCAGUGUAGCCCUAUCAGUGCCACAUGUCUAUCAAUGCCAGUUGUCAGUGCUCAUCAAUGUCACCUGCCAGUGCCCAUCAGUGCCCCAUCAAUGCCAUAUAUCAGUGCCUACCAGUGCACAUCAAUGCCACAUAUCAGUGCCCAUCUGAGCUGCCUUUCAGUGCCACCUAUCAGUGCCAGUCAGUGCCACCUAUCACUGCCAUUCAGUGCCACCUAUCAGUGCUGCCAAUCAAUGCCACCUAUCAGUGCACAUCAAUG